AUGGCGGUCAAGUUCUUCAUCCAGAAGGACAUCCCGCAGAAGACACAGGCGGAAGUGUGCGAGACCAUAUCCGCGCUAGGCGGGCGCGUCGAGCCGAAGGUCCCGCGCGCGGGCUACGUGCUCGUGCAGCCUGGGACAGCCGAGGAGGAGCGCCUCCGCCUGUGCUGGUCGACGGCCGACCGUCCGGAACGGUACUUCGUGCCGUACACAUACGUCGAGGCGUGCAAGAUCACAGGAAUGCUGCUCAAGCAAAUAUUCAUCCAGGACGGCCAGCCGAUCCGCAUGCACAUCGACUCAAGCAUCGCGAACGUGAACGUCCGCGCAGCGCUCGCUACACGCAUCAUGCAUUCCGGCGGGGAUCCCACGGCAAGCGCCCAGUCCGCGCGCGUCAUCCUCGCGGACCCAAACACGGAGAUCUUCCAGCACCUUGUCAAGACGUACCAAGGCGAGCCGGACAAGUACGUCGAGUCGUAUCUGUGGGUCAAGAAGUGCAUCGAAAAGGGACAAGUCAUCUAUACGCCCGUGGUUUACAAGAACCCUGGAGGACGUCGACCUGGAGAGGAACGCACUCAGUUCACCGAACGAGAUGAAGAGAAUCUGUGUAGCUGGAUCGCCGCGAAGAUUCCAUACAAAGAGACAGGCGGAAGAACCGGGAAUCGAUUAUACCAACAACUUUGCGAGAUGGCCAACGAUCCAGAAUACGCGUGGGUGACGCGCCACACCUGGCAGUCCUGGCGCGAACGGUACAAGAAGAACGCGACGCGCCUCGACGCAAAGAUCGCGGAGAUAGUCGACCAGAAGAAGCCCGCGCACGGCGAGAAGGGCCAAUACGGCUACGUCCGCAAGCCAGAAGAGAGACCGAAACGCGUCAGGAAGAAGCGUAAUGCCAACGGGGCGGAAGCUGCCUCGCCCAUCGCAGGCCCAUCGAUGCACUCGAUGGACACAUAUUCCGUCCCGAUGCCAGUGCCCCUACCCGCCCUUUCCGGCGUCAUUGGCCAGGUGGGCGGGCCGGACGACGCGUUCAAUUCGGUGGUAUACCCUUCAGCUGCAUCGGUGUUCCAGCAUAUGCCCGUCUCUGCUACUGGACAACACAUGGACGCAGCGACGGCACGGUCGCAAGCGCGGGAAGAGGAGAUGGAAGACGACGAGGAAUGGCAGAUACGUGAGGGCGACGCCCCGCCUCCUGUGUGGGCCAAGCGGAAGCUCGACGAGGAAGAGGGUCCAAACAAGCGGUCGCGAUUAAAUUCUCCAGAAAUAGCUGCGGGACUCCACCCUAUCGACCAAGCCGUGCAAGAUAUUGCUCGCGAGUUCAGGUUCACGACGGAGGAGGUGCAAGAGUACUAUGACAAGUGCGGCGAUCCUGAACGUACAAGGAACAGGUUCAAGAAGAUGCGGGACGUACUGAACGCGCUCAAGGACGAUGAAGAUGAGCCUGCGUCAGCACCUCCAGCAACCUCAACUACACCUGUACCAGUACCCACGCCUGUGCCAGUCUCACCAAUCGCGUAG